UCUCCUAAAGGGCAAUGAAUCAAGCUGGGUUAAUGUGUAGGGGCUUGGAGGCACCUGAUCUAGUGAAAGCCUGGGAACCCAGGGGGUGGUUAACAAGUGGAAAGCCUGAGGCCUGGGAGAACUGUCCCUAUUUAAUGAGCGGGAAGCCCCAAGCUGGGUCCCCAGGGAGCUGUUCACAGCACCUCCAGCACCUGUGGUCUAACAGCCCUCGCUGCACUUCUUCUGCUUUCGCAAAGCAUCUUUUCCCUUGAAUCCCUGUUAAACAAUCCCCCAGGGGAGCUGCUUGCAAGGAGGAAGCAGCAAUUAGCUGGCAGCAAGUCAAUUAUUGGACCUGCCAGGGAACUGCUCCAGGUCACUCCUGGAGCCAAAGGAGCUGCAUUUAAAGGCCUCUUAAGUUAUGGGCUGCUUUAAAAAAAAGACGCGGUCACGGGGCAAACGUAUCCCCGGUGUAACCCCACGGGUGGUUCUAACCUAGCUCAUUGAAGGGGGUUUGCAGGAUUUAGGAGCCGGCUGAUUUCAAAGAAAGCAGGGCUUGAGAGUUUUCAGUCUCACGGUUACAAAAGCAGACACAACAGGACACGAGCCACCCAGACCACGACCAGGAACUGAAAGCGCUUCGAGACUCGGAGCUGGCUGGCGGCUGUGCCGACUCCUUCGUGCUUCUCGCCUUAACAACCUUCUUAAUCUCCCCUAAAGGCUUUGUUGUCCCUCUUCUCACCUUACAGCGGCCUGCGGCGCCCUCCUCCUCAUUUCUUUCAAGUGGGUCCCUAUCCAACUCCAGAUAUUUUAUUGUGAUAUUUAGGGCUGUUUGUCCCUAAGCGCCCCAAAUCCCACCCUCCUUUCAUCCAUUUAAUAAUGAGCGUGAUGCACAGGAAUGAGGACAAGGGGCUGUCCAUCGUGUACUGGCUUCAUUCACAUGACAUGGGUGAGGGUCUCCAGAAGUUCGUGGCUUUUACCUGGCAGGAGUCAGUGCCUAUCCAUGCCGCCAGCCAGUGUCACCAAAGGCCACCCUCUGCACUCCCAAAGCAGAGUAGAUAUAGGGCCAACCCCACCUUCCCCAUUGCCAACCUCAGUGCAGCCUCAGCCUCCAAUUCCCAACCAUGACUCUGCCCCAUUGAGGGGGCAGAGAGGGAAAGCAAGACGCCACGCUUCUUGACUCUGCUCAUGUCCUCGGUCAUGCAAGCGCCCCCCUCUUGACACACCAUUGCAGCCACAUGAGCAAUGUGGUGCAGAUCGCGGCGCAGGGGCCCAGCACCCUACCGAGGGAGCACGGCCAAGAGAAGGCGAGCAGGAUGCGGGCGGCGUGGCUGGGGCCACGGAGCGUGGACCGAGGGGCGAUGCUGCCACCUAGGGGAAGAGAAGCCGCACAGACCGUGGGAAAACAACCAGUCUUUCCACUCCCCACCUCCGUGGCUGGUGCGUGCCCGUUGAAGGGGUCCCAGGCAACGCUGACUCCACCCAGUCCCCUUCUCUCAAGUCUUGCUUCCCCGAGGAGUAGGAUGCACCUGGCCCUCACCUCUCAGUUCCCUCCCUGCAGAUCGAGCAUCAGAAGAACGGGUGGGUCCAUUCCUAGCAGCCGCAGUGCUGAUCCAAGUGCCCCUGGCUCUGCUAAAGCAUCCUCCUCAGUGCAAGACCCAGAUGCUGACAGCUCUUCCCAGCCCUGCAGUCCAGGAGAUCUCAUCUACAGCAACCUAGGAGAGAUACGAGCACACCUGGUACCAAACAAAGUCUGCCGAGGGAGCUCGCCUGGGAGGCUCCCUUCUGAGACCAGCUCCGACUCGUUGCCUCCACCCCUGCCAAAAAAGCAGCUUAGCAGAACCAGCUCGCUGCCCGAGAAGGUGCCCUCUCGUAACUACCCCAGCAGAGGUGCCUCCUUCCAUACUCUGCAGCACGUCAGCAGUGCCGGGACCAGCAGAAGUGAGGGAUAUUGCUGCUCCAGCACUCUCCUGAACAAGGAGAAGCCUCUCAGCUCCAGCCAGUCUAGGCCUCCAAGUCAUCCUAAAAGAUACUUGUCCAAGUCCCAAAGCAUGGGUGAACCUCAGCUCUGGGGCAGGCCGAAUAAUACCCAGCCUGACCCUUUUCUCAGGAAUAGUCAUCUAGAGCACCUGACGUUCACUACCCCCGAUAGGGAGCUCCUCUUGUUCUUCAAGGACCUGGAGAACCAAGCAACUGUCUACGAGAAAGUGAUGGGGCGCCAGCUUGCGUCUUUGACCCACCUCACCACCCGGGUCCAGGAGAUCCUGGUAGGGAAGGAGGAGGAGCAGCAGCUGGUAGGAACACAACUUGCAGGAAAGAAGUGGGCAGAUUUCAAGCUGCUGGACAAGGAGCCAUGUUGUGAAACAGGAGACGCUUGGUAUUACCGCAUCUGCUGUGCCCAGCAGGUCUUUGCUGCCAAGGUCCAUAAAUGCUACCCCUGCAGUCUCUCCAUACAGACUUCCCUUGGGGUGCACUUCAAUAUUCAGCAGGUGUUUGGCCACUUCAUCGAUUCUCUCCCUAAGGAUGUCACGCCCGCAAAAAGCCCUCAAAAGCUGGGCCAGUUCUGUCCUAAUGAACAGGAGGAAGAUGCAUGUACCAGUAGCUCCCCCAGUGUCUCACCUCACCUUGCCCAGGUGGUCAUCUCUCCCGAGAUUCCUUACCAAACUCUGGCCGAUUUUGUGACGAAAUCUCAACAUCUGCACAGCUCUAGCCCUGGUCACUACGAACGCCUGGCUUGCCUCCUCCUCCUGCAGCUGUGCACUGGGCUUGAGUAUCUCAAGAAGCAAGAAGUUCUUCACUACAACAUCUGCCCAGAGAACCUGCUCUUGGUGCACUGUCCAUUUCCUCCCCAGGGCCAGCAGGACAGAGAUCGGGCCCCGGAGUUGCUACUUCCAAGGUUACUCAUCAGCAAUUUCUCCAAAACUGUAGGAAAAAGAAGACCUGCACUUCAGACUCAAGAAUCAGAUCGGGUCCAAAAUACAGAUGAGCUCCAAGUAGUCCUCUUAAUCUAUGAGAUCUUGCAUGCAGCCGACUCCUUGGAGAAGGCUUCAGGGCUCCGGAGGGAUGACCUGCCCGCCAUCCCAGCCCUGUCUGUCUAUUCGCAAGGGCUCCAGCAGCUGGCCACCCUGCUUCUCCAUCCGGACCGCCACAGGAGAGUGUCUCUCCAGCAAGCGAAGAACGUUCUGCAGAUCUUGCUGUGGGGGCCACGCCAGGAGCUUUUUGCCAGGAACCCAAUGACAGACGUCUUGCUCCAGAACUGGAUUGACAUUAAGAGGACACUGCUGCUGCUGAAGUUUGCAGAAAAGUUGACAGAGGCAGAGGUGACGCUGAGUCUGGAGGAGUGGCUGUGCUGUCAGUACUUGAAAGAGGUCACCGCAUAUACCCUACACCCAGUGGUCAGGAUCCUGUACGCAGUAUAAAGCCAGGUAGCAUUUAAAGACCCCUCAAGACCAACAGAAAGGGUCAACACCUUGCACCUCGGUUAUGAAAUACGUGGAUUUACUGGGCUGAAAGGCACAUUGCAGGCCUUCAAUUCUUCUAAAGAGACACUGAGCAGCAAUUAGCUGGUGGGAGGAGAAGGGGUCGUUAGACAUACGGCACUACCGUGCUGCCUACUGUGAAGUGUCUACAAUGCCUUGACUAAAACUAGAGGGACCUUGGGUCAGGCUGGUGCUCUGUAUCAUCCCUCCGGGAAGCAAUUGGGCUACCUGUUCCUAGCCCACAGACACAAUGCGCUGCCUGGGUAACUCGCCCACAGCCUCCCUUCCCUAAGGAGUCCCGUCCUACUCCUGUUGACUGGUGACGGAGAACGCCCAGAUCUUUAAUAUCUGCACUGGGAUCUUCGGCCUGCAUUUCUUCUCCCUCUGGGUCCCAUUCCUGUGACUCUAGUGAACUGCUCCCCGCAGCUCAGGACUCUUGCACUGUAUUUUUACCCUUGCUGUAAGCUCCUUCAGCCAAUUUUCAGUCUAGGACAAAGGAGCCUGAACCCAGUUCACUGCAGUUGCACAAAAUAUUUUGCCCCUGAGCCAAGUUUUCAAGUGUUUACUCGCUUCCUAACUCAGAGUAAGGGUUUUUUGCAUUUAGACACAAAAUCUUCCUUGAAACAAAAAUAUUCCCCUGCAUACUGGUUCUUUAAUUUUGUUAAUCUAAAGAGAGAGAUUCGUUUGUCUGACGGGUUACAUGAUUAAGGAGAAAUACGAUUCAUCCGACAGACCCAUUCUCCUUGGAAACAAUUUGUUGCAUAGUCAUUAACAUAAAUAAUAGUGCACCAGUAGUCACGUAGCUGAACAGCGUCAAUAAACCUAGAAUCCUGCUGAAUCUUAAGUACUGCCCAUUUACGAUCUUUCUUUUUACAGCGUUAUGAAGCCAGAAGAUAUGUUCAGGGGGAAAUAAAGAGCUAAGCUUCACUGCUCUGUAGUGAUUAGUCAUAAUGGAUAAGAGAGUGCAAUAAAUAGUGCGAGUCAGUUUAUGGCUGCUG